CAGGCAGACGGAGCCGGGAAAAUGUGGCGCUUUGUGCAGCGGUUCGUGCCCAACUUGGGCUGGAUGGUCCCGGGAACCAGUCCCAUUGACAGUCUCCUGCAGGGGCUGAUUGCAGCGUGUGCCAUCUCUAUUCUCGAUCACUUGCUGAGAAUCCACCUUUACAUCCAGUGUUUGAAUGAUCCAGCCCGUGUAGGCACUGCAAGGUUGCAGUUGCCGGGGCGAGCGGUGCAUUCCCUGCGCCUCUUCAUCCUCACCGCCCUCUUCUCCUCUCUGGGCGCCCGGGUGGCCUCCCUCGUGGUGCUGGAAUUCUCACUUCGCGCAAUAUCAUCGUUGCUUUCCAGUAAUCACCGCAGGUCAGACAAGCAGAUGUUCCUGCAGGGCCAGUUCUCUCUGGGAUGUGGCAUGGUGGCCAGCCUGAGCUUCCUGAUGGAGGGAGCCCCGCACUCCACGGUGAGCCUGGCGCUCAGCGCAGCGCUGGCCGGCACCAUCGCCGCCUACGUGCGGAGACUCUCCAUCCACGUCGGUCUGAUGUACGAGCUGCACAGCAGCGAGCGCUACUGUGGCCUCUGCAUCGUCCUCCUCACCACCUGGCGCGACAUCCCCACCCUGCUGGGCAACGCCCUGAAGCUCGUGUUCAUCGUGGCUGAUCUAGCCGCCAUCUUCCUCAUCAACAAGGACUUCAUCAGCACCUCGGACGCGAUCCGCUUCUGGACACCACUGACCAUCUGCUACACCCUGCUGAUCAUCUACAUGCAAGAGGAGCAGCGGCAGAAUCCGAGCGAGCGGUCGGCCUACCAGACAGUGGCGGUGAGGAUGGGGGGGCUGCUCAUCCUCACCCUGACGGUGGGGAGGUGGGCGGACGUGGUCCACGUGCUGCUGUCCCUGCUCGGGGAAACGUGGUGCCUGGUGCAGGUGGGACCGAUGCUGGAGGUGUGCAGGCAGCAGGAUUCUAUCAGCAGCCGCCAUGUUGAGGGGAUUAGAGGGUCCCGUGCGGAUGCAUCGAGGAGGUACAAAGGGCCGGACAUUCCGACUUCAGAUCAUUGAAAGGACGGCAGCUCACGUGGAAAAGCAUCGGAAUCUUGCACGGAAACCAUCUCACGCAUUUACUGGUUUUGAGUUUUAGAGAUACAGCGGGGAAACAGGCCCUUCGGCCCACUGUGUCCGUGCUGACCCAGCGAUCCCCUCCGACAUUAACACCAUCGGGGUGUUACGUUCAUACAAUGCUAAUUCACCUACAAACCUGCACGUCUUUGGAGUGUGGGAGGAGGCCGGAGCACCCGGAGAAAACCCACGCUGGUCACGGGGAGAAAACGUGGAAACUCCCUCCGAACAGAGAGGGACCCGGCGUGGGGGGGUGGGGGGGGAGGGCACCGAGACAAAGAGGGACCAUUGGGGGGGCUAUAAUGAACACUUUGUAACUUUGUUUGUGCCCCUUACGUGGCGACUCUUUGCAUACAUUGUGUACGGUCGCUAAACAAAGAAUCUCACAGGGACAUGUCACGUGUGAUAAUAAUGUAUCAAUCAAUCUUCAGCCUGCCCUAUCAGCUCAUCAAUACUGUGUUUGCCGGGUCGUGGAUUUCCUGAUGCUUUUCUCCAAAUCUCUUCAUGGUGUCGGCCCUCCCUGUUAUCUGUAAUCUGCUCCAGACCAUCACCCUCUGCACUCCUCCUUGAGUGAACCCCUGCAAUCCCUGAACUUAAUCCCAAUUCACCCUUGCUGUUAAAUAAAAACGACCUCUUUCAUCAAAC